AUGCGUUCAUUCCUUUCUACCCUUGUAUUCGUGGCAGCGUGUGCUUACUCAGCCCGUGCUGAUGCCCCUGCUAGCCCAGCAGACAGUCCAGCGGGUGCCCAACCAAAGAUCGUUACCAUGAAAUGUAGUCAAGCUUUCAUGCCUAUCUCUGAAGCCGACCUGGCGGCCAUGAACUCGACUGACCCUACGCAAGAUCCAACAGGAAAUUACUCAACUGUUCCGACGGAAGCAGCUUGUAAAGCCUUCGAUGAUCCUACUGGCGGGUUCUGUAACCCCAAGUCUUGCGUUGGUUAUCCAGUUGGCGAGCAAUGCAAUGAGGUGAUCAUCACAGGUGCCAAUAGCACCAGCAUUUCCAACGCCACUGUCGCUCGCGUCUCCUGUGAAGUCAAUUACUUCAAGCCUGCGCCCAACGACACCGAUCAACGAGUCCUCUGCACUUCUCAGGACCAGAAGAUCUACAGCUGUAAGGGUCAGUGCGUAGGAGAAACGACUUGCACCGAAUGUGUCAGUAUGAGCGAUCCAGCCCUCGCAAAUUUGUAGGGCUUUGGUUUUGAUUCAUGAAAUAGGCCCUACUCUUCCCCGGCUCGAAGUACCUAAUUGAACAUGAAGGAUUAGUCGGCAAAACUCAUCUUCAUGUUUUAUGCUCCUUUUUUGACUUAAAGUCUUACAAUUCUUCUCUACACAAAUUGCUUUGGAAACAUGGAGUGAAGUUUGUUUUCUCAUUGUGAUCUUCACCGGGAAACUAGAUACAUACACUGUAGCUUUCUUAGUAUGGAACACAUUAUAAUGCAUUAGCAAUCUGUUUCCCCGGGCAUUUGUCUAUA